GCGGCUGCCCUGAGGGGAGCAGAGGCCGCCCUGAGGGAGAGCGGCAGCGGCGGCUGCCCUGAGGGGAGCAGAGGCCGCCCUGAGGGAGAGCGGCAGCGGCGGCUGCCCUGAGGGGAGCAGAGGCCGCCCUGAGGGAGAGCGGCAGCGGCGGCUGCCCUGAGGGGAGCAGAGGCCGCCCUGAGGGAGAGCGGCAGCGGCGGCUGCCCUGAGGGGAGCAGAGGCCGCCCUGAGGGAGAGCGGCAGCGGCGGCUGCCCUGAGGGGAGCAGGCAGCGGCAGCGGGGUCCUGCGGGAGAGGAGCUGCGGCAGCAGAGCCAAGCAGCAUAUACUGCACAGCGAAAUGUCCUCAAAGAAGAAAAUAAAGAAGAAUCAUACCAGCUCUAAGCGAGGGGAGCACAAAGCCAACUCCAAUCUUCAUUGGAAAUCACUUGCACUUGAGGAACCAGAUGUCUCAAGGAUAUUGAAGGUAGCAGAAACAAAUCAAUUUGAGGAGCUUGAUGAUUCCUUUGAUCACCCUUUGCACAGUACUGCUGUUGAUGCUUAUGGAGAGGAACACUCACAGAACGAGGCACUUGGUCGUAUUUCGGCACCACAGAAGCAAAAUACAGACAGACGUUCCAGUGGAAAACAGAUAAAAUUUAAAAAGCUGCAUCACUCAAAGCCCCCCGGUGGUGAUGUUCAGAAAUUCAACACGGCUGAUGCUGGAGAGGAACCCCUUAAGGAGACUGUGGCAAAAAAGAAGAAGCCUUCAGAAGAGAAUACAUCAGAUCCUUCUGUGGAUAGCCCACAUUCUGUACAGAUGUGGUGCCCCAAAGAGCUGAAGAGAUCUCCUAGAGAUAUUACAGAGCUGGAUGUUGUUCUGGCCAAAGUUGAGAACAUAGCAGCAAAUUACAGACAAAGCAUAGAAUCAAACAUUUGCAGAAAGGCUAUCGAUGACUUGACUUCUGCUUUCAAGGACCAAAUCACUGAUCUUAUAGCAGGAGUCCAGGAAUUAAGGAAUAUGAAGAAAAAAAAUGCUAAGGCAAUAACAAACAUCAAAAAGAAAAGGCAGCAACUGGUGCAAGUCAGAGAAGAGCUAACUAGAGCUGAACUGCAACUGACUCAACUACAGAGAGAAUAUGCUGAGAUACAGGAAAGGAAAUCUUCCUUGAGGCAAACAGUUGAAUUAAUUACUGAUUUAAAGGAGUUACAGCAAGACUGUUUGGAUUACAGAGAAGAAAACCCAAAAGGAAAAGUAGUAUAUGGAACUUCCAGCCUCCCUGCUCUUCUGAUGGAAUCUCGGAGGAUUCUAGGAGCAGAAAAGCACUUUAAGAGUAUCAAUAUGAAGCUGGAAGAGGCUCUGGCUGUACAAAAAGAGCAGAGAGCAGAGAAAAAUUAAGUGUCUUUCUAAGAUUUUCAGACAUUCAGUUGGAACAGGUAUCAGAAUUGUCAGGGCUUAAAGCUUGUUUAAUCAUUGUUACUCUAUUUUGUUUCAGUGUUUAAAAGAAGUCAAGAACUUUGAGUUUGUAUCUUUUUAUUGUCAAAUAGUCUCAGAAUAUCAAUGAAAGGAAAUAGCGAUAUUUAAACUUUCCUGUACUCUGAACAAGGUUGGGUGUUAAUCUUGUGCUAUUAAAGUAAUCUUGAGAGGAAUAUAUUCAUAAA